AUGCCCCUAACAUUCCAACUCACCAUCAUUAAUCAUGAAACACGCCGGAAAGGGGUGGAAAGGACGAUCAUAACACAAGCCACUGUUGAAAUAGAGGAACCUAUUGAGGAAAUUGAAGGAGUUUCGACAUUGCCGGAGCAAAAUUGCAUCAAUGUGGAUGAAUUGGAGAUUCCGGUGAUGAAGAGUGGUGAAGAACUGAAGCCUACGGUGAGAGAGGAUGAACCAAAACCUAAACCUUGGGUGGAGGUAAUUCAGGGAAAUAGAAGUUUGAAUCGUGGAAUGGCGGUGGAUUUCAUAGCUCCAACGUUCGUGAACAGUAAAGCUGAAAUUACGAUAGAUGAAUCUGAUGUUUCUGAGGAAUUGGAAUUCUGGGAGAAUUCAAUCAUUCUCUUUGCACUAGGACAGUCUCUGUCUAUGAAUGCGGUUAAGAAGUUCAUGGAGAAGACCUGGAAUUUCAUUUCACUCCCUGAACUAUUUUACAACGAUGAAGGUUACUUCAUUGUGAAAUGUAAGAACAGGGAAGACAUGGAGCUGGUUAUGGAACAAGGUCCCUAUUUCAUUUAUGGUAAACCGGUAUUUCUUUGCAAAUGGACCACUGAAUUUGAGAUGAAGGAGGAUCUAUUGCGUGUUCUUCCAAUUUGGAUAACGUUACCUCAGUUGCCACUGCACCUAUGGGGGGAAAGGAGUAUUUUGAAAAUAGCUAGUGUGAUUGGUAAACCUAUAACCACAAAUGAAUGUACUGCGAAGAAAUUACGAAUCUCUUAUGCCAGGGUCCUGGUUGAAGUGGAUAUUACUCAAAAACCUAUAGAAACUGUUGACAUCAAGGAUCACAAAGGAAAACUCAUGGAGCAAAAAAUUGAAUAUGAAUGGAGACCAAGCUACUCUCAGUCAUGCUUGAAGAUUGGACAUGAUUGUGCCACUAAGAAAGUUCCUGGGAAAAAACUAGUACAGGUGUAG